AUGUCUUCUGCACGUACUACAGAUUUGGCUUCUGGCGGUCAUCAUAUCUUCGAAGGUUUCCUCAACCCUCCUAACCAACCUCCAUCACCUGGCGCAGACGACUCAUGUUCCCCAUCAUCUCUCGAACCCUGUCCAGAGCCGACAAUAUUACGGCCUUUCUGGAUGCUUCGAUGCAUUGCUGGCGUUCUCAACCAACCCCGCGGCGGUUUCCUGACCACUCGAUUGUUUGUGCCUCGUCAGAUCUGGAUGAAUCGUAGUGUCAAGUUCAAGAGCGUCGAGGACAAGAUUGCCAACUGCGAUCUGUUGACAGCCGCACUGGGAAAGCUGUCAAAGGUCGACACUUACGACGCAGAUGCAGUUUUAGAAGAGCUUCAAGGGUUUGAAGAGGUGAUGGAGCGCGUCCAAGCCGCACUGAUCAAGCGACUUGGUAGUGAAGUCGGUGUACAGGCUCUGAGUGCGCUCUUCAAGGAUGCGCCAGUACCAAUUGAUAGUACCGGCACCACUGCCGAGACUCGCGAGGCAAAGCCAAACAAGAGCUACCUAAGCUCUUGGCGCAAACUCCGAGGCAAGAACUCCUCAAGCGGCGUCACUAUUCCUCUAAACAGCAGCCGUACAGACAAGGAAGUCGCCAACAUGGCCAGCGUCCCCAUGACUAGCUUUGUCCCCAUUGACAAGCGCACUGCACACAGACAAACCUUGUCCAAGGAAGCUACCACUUUCGAAGGCCCACACAAAGAGUACAUGAACAGUGUUUCUCGUCUCUGCGAAGCUGCACAAGUGCUUGACCAGGUCGCUCGCCAAGUAGAAGAUCCUGGGCUCAAGCACUCGUCGCCUACUCACAUUGGACUUGAACUCAGUACGCGUCAUGCUGCUGAAUUCUUUGGCUUCUACAUUUGUAGAUUUGUGCUUGGGGAUGUGACGUUGUUGAUGGACAAGUAUGUCAAGAGGAGUACCGAGUGGGUCAUUGCAUGA